AUGUUUGUACGCAGUUUAUCGACGUGUUUGGUGAUUGUGCUUAUUAUUUUCAAGUGUCAGAAUGCAUUGGGUAUUGGUCGAGAUGGUCUUACACUAGUCUUUGAAGAUUCAUUUGAUAGUGGGCCUAGACUUAAUGCAUCUAUAUGGAGUCCUAAUUAUCCAUGGGGAACAAUUUAUAAUCAUCGAGCAAAUAUGGUUCACCGUCAAGUAACUAUAUCGAAUAGUCGAGUCAACUUGACAGCUCUUGCCAUACGAUCGACAAGUACAAUGAAUGUUGAUACAGCUGAUUAUGGUCUUGUCGAUCUAGAUUAUACAUCGGGUGCUAUCUAUAUGAAUAGUCGUAUCAAUUUAACUCGUGGUUUAGUUGUUGUAAGUAUGCAAGUUCCACCAGCAACAAGUACUUGGCCAAUGAUAAUGCUCGUUCCACCUGAUGAAACUUUGCCCAUGUUAACUAUGGACGUAUUCGAUGAUCGAAGAAAUGUUGGCUAUUCUUUUCAAUAUACAUCUCCAACUGGAUCACGUGCUUCAGUUAGUGGAAUUGCACGUUCAUUGAAUGAUAAUAGUAAUGAUAUGCAUUCGUAUGCAAUCGAUUGGGGUUAUGACAAAGUAACAUUUUUCUACGAUAAUUUUCAAUUAGGAUCCUUUGUUCAAUCAAAUGAAUUGACACAAAUAACUGAAAUGAGAUUAAUUUUAGCAUUAGGUGUUGGUGGUCGAUCACAAUCCGUACCAUCAUCGAAUGCUACCGGUUAUCCGCAAAGUUUAUUAAUUGAUAGUGUAGAAAUGUGGUCACCAAAAUAUGAUGGUCGCUAUAAAAUGAUCAAUCUCAAAUCUAAUUUAUCACCUGAAGUUCAAUCUGGUCAAACACAAGAUCGUGCAUUAAUCGUACAAAAUAGUUAUACAGGUGCUGCAUGGCAACAAUGGGAUAUAAAUUAUAUUGGCAAUAGUUAUUACAAAAUAAUCAAUGUUCAUAGUCGUAAAGUUCUUGAUGUUCAUGAUUGGCAAACAGAUGAUAAUGCAAAAAUUGUACAAUAUAAAUUUAAUUUAAAAGAAAAUCAGAUUUGGCGUUUCAUAGAAAAUGAUGAUCAGACUGUAUCGCUCGUCAAUGCUUGGUCACAAAAAAUGGCUUCAAUUCUUAAUAGUUCUACUGAAGCAGGUGUACAAAUCGUACAACGAGCAUUUGACAACGGAUUAGACCAGAAAUGGAAAGUGAUACGAUUGAAUUGA